UUGAGUUGCUUCAACCAGGGUUGAAGUUGAACCCGAACAGCGAAGAUACUGACUAACCGGAGAAGUGAAAAGGAACUACUCACCGGCGGAAUACAUGACAGGCGAAGAAUUCUCUGGUCCUCCCGGACCAAAACUCACGCGUCUCGUCUACUUCGUCGGCGCCGCAGUGGCUUGCACCGUUGCAAUCAACAAAUGGCGCGAGUUCGAAAGUAAGUCAAUCAUCGAACAACAGGAGAAGCAGCCAGGAGUCAAGGUAGUCGCGGAGAUCAGUAAUUCGUCGGAUUCUGUUGGUGUUCAUAAAGCUCUCAAAUAAGGUUGCGACUUCAGAGAUUUACUUAUGGCCAUCGGUUGGAAAGGGGAGGGUUACUUUGAGGUUCACUUCAAAAUUUCAAAUAUCAAAAGGAAUUUGGGAUCGUGUUUACUAAAUUUUUGGAAGCCAAAAACUACAAGCUCUUGUGCAACUCAAGUAAAAUUAUUUGUAUAGUGCUGAAUGUCUCGAACAGAUAUUUUCCUUGCACUUAUUAUUGCUUAAAAUUUGCCUGUGUAAUGUUACUUUAACCUCAAACUGCAAGUUAAGAGUUACGUUGGUCAGCGAUCCUUUUGAUCAUCCAAUAUGCAGUAAAUUAAACUACCGAUUCUCCUUGACUUGCUUCUUUUUCUAUAUACUGUGAAACAAAGGUUUCUGUUAUUCUCUCUACUGAGUUGUGUUUUGCUAUAUAACUGUCUGGCUUCGCACAUCAUUUCCACUGAACCCUUCCCCUAAAACACUACAGAAAAAAUUUACAUUUGAUUAGGUCGGUGGUUGAUUAAAUUUCUGUAUUUCUUUAUGCUGGUUAGUCAACUGAUGUUUAAAGCUUUAUCUCUUCCCUAUGUUAACUGAUUCAAAUAUACAAUCCCACCAUGUUCAUUCUAAACCUGCAGAAAUAGACCAGCAUUGAUUAGAUGUCGAUGUUUACUUAUGUCGAUUACUAUUUUGUUGUUUGAUAUCUGAAUGAGGGUUGAGAAGUUGUUGCUUAGACACAGAUCUAUAGUCUGUUGAUCUGUGUUAUUGGAACGUUCUGUUGAUCUGUGUUAUAGGAACGUUCAAUAACAUGAAGAUAAUCUGAUAAGAAUGGUUGCAUCAGGUUAGAUGUAGUAAGCAACAAAAGAUAAAGCUGUAAUCUAGAUUUUUUUUUUAUCACGCUCAAUUUAGCAGAACUAAUUCCCCGUUCAUCCAUUUUCUUGCUUAAUGAGUAUAAGAAGAUCUACUUGGUACAACUACAACCUUGCUGGAGUGAGUUUAUUUUCUGGGCUUUAUGACUUUAAGUUGUCAAAAUAAAUAUCUUGCUGAGAAUCUCUUGGGAAUUUGACAAGUUUGGGUUCAGCUAAAGUUUUGAUGCAAAGUCAGGAGCUUUCCUUGUAUAUAAAUAUCAACUUCAUUUAUUGAUGUAUGACAAUGCCUACAAUCCCGAAUUACCAACCCCUAGUUAGGGAUUUUCGUUGAUUGGGCUGACCUGCUCGACCUAGCCUAACCAAACCCAACAUUACCCAGUUGGGUUAGUAUCCAUGUAAAACUAGCUUUAAAUAUGCAGGAACAGUUCUCAUUGGACUGGAUUCCAUUUUCUAUGAUUUUCAACUUGCCAAAUGCAAGGCUACCCAAUCUCACAUUAUUAUUAAAAAAAACAAAACCUACUCUACCCAAAUUAAGUCUCUCCUCAAUAUUAACAUUGUGUUUGCAUAGAGAUGGUAUGCAUGUGCUCUGUUUUUAGGAGUUUUGAGUGAUUGUGUAUAGUGUAUGCAGAACUGCGAUCCCACAUUUUUAUUUAUUUAAGUCAGAACCAGGCCUAGUUUUUUUGAAGCCUUUGUAUGUGUAUUCUGACCUUGUUUAGCAAUGUGAACCGUUUCUGCUUUAUUUAUUGGGAUCCAUUGUUUCAUUUCACUUACUAAAAAACCCUAUUCCCAUUGUCUCAUGACUGAGUUUGUGAUGAUCUGUUUUUGUGAGCAUAACUCACCCUCUCUUGUGCUCUGUUUUUGCGACCAAAACUCUGCCUUCUUGUGCUCUGUUUUUUGCGACCAAAACUUAGCCUUCAUGUGCGCUGUUUUAUUUAACCAAAACCUCUCCGUUGCUGUGAACUGUUUAUGUGACCAGAACUCAUCCUCUCUCGUACUCUGUUGUCGCAACCAAAGUCCUCUUUAUUUAUUAUUAUUAUUUUUUGUGGAAUGUUAUUGCCACGGUUGUCAGUAUUGGGAUCCCACUAAAGAUCGUUUGGAUCUGGAAAAAGCGUAAAUCGUAGGAUAAUAACAAGGGUCCAACGAUCUCAGAAAAUAGACAAGAUUGCAUAAAUAACUAGGAAAAAAAAACCUUAACUUAAAAUUCUCAUUAAUUUAAUCAUAAGUAGCAAACAUUCAUCUAAAAAACAUAAUUUUCUCAAAAUCGCAAACAUAAGCUGAAAACGUAAUUGUUUCAAUCAUCAUCUCAACUCAAACAUAAUGAAAAUAAAAUUCGGGAGAACGAAAGAUGAAUUGCUGGGCCGAAGGGAGAAGAUAUGAAUUGCAAUAUUAGAGAUGAGAAUAGUUGAAGAAACUCAUCUGAAUUUAUUGAAGGAAUAAAAGGAGAAGAAUUGAUUCUUAUUGAAUGAGAACAUAUUCAUAUUGAAUGAAUAGUAAAUGAUUAGAAAUUUCCAAUGCGGUUGCGCAGCAUUCACCUUUCUAAUUCUCAAAUGUUCAUUUAAAAUGCAGCAAGUCCCAACGCCCUAACCUUUACGUGUGCAGCUUCCAAAGAAAUAGGGUAAAAUUCCAAAAGAAUGGGUAGAAUCCUAGUGUUUAAUGACCGAGUCGAAAGAGGAUGAGGCCAUAAAGUGGAUCGCGUGGAUCUCAAUAUCCCACGAUUCACCUCUUUUCCUCUGCGCGUCAACCGCUCCUGCUUCUGCCUUGAUCUUUGCACCACCUUACUCGGUGGACGGUUGCUGGCGUGCGAGAUCGUAUCAUCUAAGAAGUUAUAGCGCAAUCCUGACUACCAUGGUUAUUGUUAUUGAGUUCUGCUGCUUUGUGUACUGUUUUUGUUGUCGAGUUCUUCACUUUGUUUCACUAGAAUGCCUAGUUUUGCUGCUGUAAUUGGUGAUUUAAGCAAGCCUAGCUAAAGUUGUUUUCUUCAUGACUUAUGAAAUUAUGAGGUACUGGUUAUUUUAGACAUUAUUAACUAACUUCCUUAUAGUUAUGACUCUAAGUUUAAUUAAGUAUUUGUAUCCAAAGGUUAACUCUCCCUUACUAAUACAAAUUUAUGCACGAGUGCUAGUUUAUAUACAUAUUAUGAGUUGUAUGAAUUUUUAUAGAAUCUUACAUUUCAUGUUACUAUUUCACGUUUUACAAUUUUACUACCCUAAAGUGUGGGAAGUGGGGACUAUGCACGCUUCCCUUUCCCUCUAAAUUAGUAAACAAAGCUUAAGAAAUCAGGAUCAUGAAAGAGGGAUCUAUACAAGAGGAUCAUUGUGAGCUGUGCGAAAAUUGUCUUGCCAAAUUGAGCCUUCACGAUUUGCUAUCUUUAAAUUAGUUGAUUUCAUGGUAUUGGGUAUUCCUAAGAUACAGGUUGGAAAUAUGUAUUUUAGCACUACUAUAUGAUCCUCUAGUCAGAUAGAUAUACAAAGACUUUAUGGAAGAACAAUUAGGUAGACAUAUAAGUUGCCUACAUCCCACGAAUUGUUCAGUACAGAAAAGGGUGUUUUACACUCCAUUCUCAUGAGAAUUGAGCUCAAAGCUGUCAAAUUUGAGUUUUUACGUGAACUCGUUGUUUUGCGUAGGUAGUAUCGACUUGUAUGCAUGACAUAUAUACUUAUAUAGUCCUAUAAAUUCAUUAAUAAUUUAAAAUUUUAACUUAUAAAAAAACUGGUGGAAAGGGCCGGGCCUUUUGAAUUGAGAUUCAUUUUUACUGUCUUGUUGUGUUGUCAGUGGGUGGUUGGUUUUUCUCAGGUGUGGGGAAGAAUUUGUACUGUUACUCAUGGUGUUGGUUUUUUGCUUUUGCUGGCUGGCAUUUAGUUUCGUUGCAAAAGUGUUUGUUUUUGCUGAUACAUCUUGUAUCUUUUUUAUUCCCUCAAACGAAUUAUGUUUUGUUGUUUUUUCUUCUUUUUUUUUAACUAAACAACAGACAACACAUUAGCAUUUACUAUCUAAAUUGUGUCCACAUAU